UUAUGGAGAGAUUAGGCAAGAAUCUGAACAGGAAUUAUAGUCCACGCUAUCAACAAGAACUUGCGGAGCAAUCAUGCAGCACAUAUAAUCCAAUACAGAAACACGGUUCGAUAAAUUCUAGUCACGACCAAGAAAAAAUCGAUUACAUGUUCAACAAAAACAUAAAGAUGGUACUCAUUGACGACGAUUUAUCGGUUUUUUUGCUAACUCAAGAAGGAGAGGUAUACCACUGGGGGAACAUUAGGCAGUUUAAUAAUAUUGUAGAAUAUUAUUCACAACUUUUUGAUUUGAGAUAUACACGUAUUGUACAAGCUGCAGUUAGCAAGCAAACAUUUAUCAUUUUAACUGAUGAUGAUAAAGUAAGUUAA